AUGGUUGCAAAAAAGACGGAUGAAAUUCAGUCCAUAAAAAUCAGCAACGCGAAAGAAGAAACAGAAAUAAAUACCAUUCAACAUGAUAUUGAAGAUGAAGAGCUACAAUAUAAAAGGAUUCUUCGUAAGAUAGAUUAUAGAUUAAUUGUUGUCUAUUCAAUUUCUUACAUUUUUACACAAAUUAAUAAGGGUAAUAUAUCAAAUGUUGCUAUUCUCAAUCUUGAAUCAGGUCAUAACAUUAAGAAAGAACUAGGUAACCUUAACUCUCAAGAAUGGGCGUGGUGUCUUUCAGCGUUUUACUAUCCAUAUCUAUUUUUUGAACCUUUAUUUACCAUGCUAGCCAAAAAGUUCACACCAAGAAUUUGGCAAUCAAGAAUAAUGAUUUCAUGGGGAAUUGUUUCGAUACUACAAGCAACGGCUUUUAAUUUCUCUGGAAUGAUAGCAUCUAGAUUUUUUCUUGGAUUUUUCGAAGCUUCGUGGUACACUACAGUUUUAUAUCACCUAUCAUUUUUUUAUAAACCACGAGAGUUACCUAAAAGAAUAGCGUUUUUCUAUUCUUUUGGCAUGCUAAGCGGUGCAUUUAGCGGGAUAUUGGCUUAUGGUAUCUCAUUUCUUGAUCAGAUUCAAGGUUUGAGUGGUUGGAAAUGGGUAUUUAUCUUUGAAGGUAUACCGACUAUUAUCAUUGGAAUAUAUACUUCUUUAUUUUUACCGAAUUACGUAGAGGAUUCUAAAUUCUUGAAUAUCGACGAAAAAAGUAUAGUAUUAUCUAAACUUCCUUCAUCGUCUCCGAGGAAGGAAGAUAGUGCCUUUGACUCGAAUGAGAUUAAACUGCUUCUUAAGGAUCCGACUUUCUAUACCUACUCUUGCAUAUGGCUUUUUCAAGGGUUAGGUGGAUGGGGAAUUUCAUUCGUAUUACCUACAAUAGUUUAUGAACUUGGAUUUACAAGCACUGCUAAUACACAAUUGAUGCAAUUGCCACCAUCAAUAGCUGGAUUUAUUUUACUUAAUUUACUUGGCCACUUAAUUCAUAAAAGAAAAUUGAAGCCAUUUCCAACGUCAUUUGUUUUGUCCUUUGUUCAAAUUCUAUGUUAUAUUAUAUUACUAACUAUAAAUAAUAGUAUUGGAAAGUAUGCUAUGUUGGUUAUUGCGACCCUGAUAUCAAAUUCACUUUACCCUAUUAUGUGGCCUGAUAGAAUAAGAGUAAUUAAAGGAACAUCAUCCGCAGGUCUUGCAAUUGGUUUUACUAAUGCUUCAACCCAAUUGAUGGGGUUAAUUGGUCCAGUAAUCUACCAAUCUAAAUUCGGUCCGUCUUAUCAUGUUUCUUAUGGGUGCUCUAUAGCUCUAUGCUCAGUUUCAUUCAUAUUUAUUGGAAUUACCUGGCAUUUGGUAUCUAGGUCUGGUAUACUCGAAACUGAAGGCGCAAUGGUCUCUGAUGAUGAACUGCUAUAA